AUGGAAGUAAUGGAAGGACCUCUCGCCCUGGCUCAUCAACAGAGCAGAUGGGCAGACCGUUUAUUAGCUACAGGCAAAUAGGAAGAGGCUAUUUCUUGUCACAAAAAGGCUGCAGCAUAUCUUUCCGAAGCCAUGAAGCUGACACAAUCUGAGCAGGCUCACUUAUCACUGGAAUUGCAAAGGGAUAGCCACAUGAAACAGCUCCUCCUCAUCCAGGAGAGGUGGAAAGGGGCAAAGGGUGAGGAAAGAUUGAAAGCUCAGCAGAACACAGACAACGAUGUAGCCACACAUCUUCAGGCAUCUCCCAAACCCUCUGCUGAGGACACAGAAGGCCAGAGCUCCCUUCUGUCUCAGAAGUACAGCCCUUCUAUGGAGAAACAUCUGCUUGAAAUUCAGGGGAUCUUUGACAGGGAUCCAGACACACUACUAUUUUUACUUCAGCAAAAGAGUGAGCCAACAGAGCCAUGUAUUGGAAGCAAAGCCCCAAAAGACGAUAAAACGAUUAUAGAGGAGCAGGCAACCAAAGUUGUAGAGUGGAAGAGGCAUGUGGGAUUCUUUGUGGCCGAGAAUGAAAGAUUAAGGAAAGAAAAUAAACAACUAAAGGCUGAAAAGGCCAGACUUCUAAAAGGUCCGAUAGAAAAGGAGCUGGAUGUAGAUGCUGAUUUUGUAGAAAAGUCAGAGUUAUGGAACUUGCCACCACAUUCAGAAACUGCCACAACCUCCUCAACCUGGCAGAAGUUUGCAGCAAAUACCAGGAAAGCCAAGGAAAGUCCAAUACCAAAUCUUCCUCCCUUGGAUUUUCCAUCUCCAGAACUUCCCCUUAUGGAUCUCUCUGAGGGUAUUCUGAAAGGACUUAUGAAUAAUUAAAAUGGAAGGUCACAGAAGAGGUGAGAAGAGGAAAUAAUACAGUAAUACAGUUAAGCAAAAAAAA